AUGACUCAACCACUACGAAAGCUCGAAGACAAGGAUUUUGAGUGGUGUUGGCUAGAGCAACACGAAAAAGCAUUUAAAACAGUAAAGGACUACCUUGCGAAAGCCCCAGUACUUGCUUAUUACGACGUCACUAAAGAAGUAACAAUACAGUGUGACGCCAGUGAAACCGGACUUGGCGCCGUGUUGUUGCAAGAAGACCAGCCAAUUGCGUAUGCCUCAAGAGCUCUGACGGAGACAGAAACCAGGUAUGCCCAAAUUGAAAAGGAAUUAUUGGCAAUUGUUUGGGCCACCAACAAAUUUGAUCAAUACAUCCUUGGUCGCGAGAUUGUACACAUUGAAUCAGACCAUCAACCACUGAAAGCAGUUUUCGCAAAGCCUACCACAAAUCGCCUAAAAGAUUGCAAAGAAUGUUAAUGGCCCUACAGAGUUACACGCUAGAAAUUCAUUACAAGAAAGGAACAUUAAUGUGGAUUUCAGACACUCUGAGUCGGGCAUACCGAAGUACAACCGAGUCUGCCGAACAUGACAUAAGCGAAGUACGUGCAUUAGAAGAAAUUAACCACUGCGAAGGUGUGUCAAUAGCUCCGAACAGGUUAAACCAGCUUAAACAAUGUACAUCAACAGACCCAGUGAUGCAACAACUCAUCACCGCUAUCAAUACAGGAUGGGCAAUAGACCGGAAACAAUGUCCACCAGCACUAAUUCCAUUCUAUAACAAUCGAAGCGAACUUAUUGAAGAUAAUGAAUUAGUCUUCUUUGGGGAAAGACUCGUCGUGCCUUCAUCCUUAAGAAAAGAAAUGCUACAGCAAAUUCACAAGUCCCAUAUAGGUAUUGAGGGUUGUCUGCGGCGAGCACGGGAAGUGAUAUAUUGGCCACGAAUGAAUGCGGAGGUGAAAGAUUAUGUUUCAAAGUGCUCUAUAUGCCAAACACACCAGCCGGAGCAGUGUCGUGAACCACUGAAGUCCUACGACCUACCACAACGACCAUGGUCAGUGGUCGGAGAGGACCUAUGUCAAUUGGGACAUCAGCAAUUUCUUAUCAUUGUUGACUACUGGAGUGGGUUCUUUGAAGUUCAAGAGUUAUCAAAAGUUACAUCGAAAACAGUCAUCACUGCAUCAAAGGUCCAAUUUGCGAGGCAUGGAAUUCCGGACACCCUAAUCUCCGAUAAUGGCCCUCAGUUUGCGUCAGCGGAACUUGCCCAGUUUACAAAAGAGUGGCAAAUUGAACACCGAACAUCGAGCCCACGCUAUCCUCAAUCUAAUGGACGUGCCGAAAAUGCAGUGAAAACUUGAAAAUCCCUAUUAAAGAAAGCAAAAGCCAGCGGUGAAGAUCCUCUAUUAGCAUUACUAGAUUGGAGGAACACCCCGACUGAAAAUAUUGGAACCUCACCAGCGAAAAGAUUAAUGGGUCGACGUACUCGUACAUUGCUUUCCACACAUCAGAGUCUUCUUAAAACACCGGAACAAAACGGAACAAAGAAGGAAUUAGAGAACCGCAAAGUAAAACAAGCAAGGUUGUAUAACAAGAAAAGUAAACCGCUUGAGCCCCUACAAAGUGGAUGCGCCAUUAGAAUGAAACUUCCAGGCGAUAACCGUUGGUCGCUUGGUACCUGCGUACGUGCACUCGAAAACCGAUCUUUCGAAGUCCAGGUUUGUGGAAGGCGAUAUCGCCGUAAUCGCCGUCAUCUACGUGCGACCAAAGAGAUGGCACCACCUCCCAACGUGAAAGAUUCCAAAAUCGAACCGAGUGAGCCGAUCGAAAAGGACCUCACCCCAAGUUUACCAGUCGUGGAACAUAGCACCUCAACUAACCCUUUAACUCAUGAAACAGAAAAUGAAAAUCAGGUAGGCAGUUCUGGCAGUAAUGGAGGUCGAACGCCGAGUGAAAGUGACACGCGACAAGAAGAGACAAUCCCUCGUCGAACUACGCGAGUGCGACGUUCGCCAGAUUGGCAAAAAGAUUACGAGAGACACUAA